AUGGAAAAUGUUCGUGUGGAGGUGAAUACCGACCGUGCCGUUCACAUACCUGGGCAGACAGUGAAGACCGAGUUACUUUUAAAUGGAAAUGACAUCGAUCUCCAGGGUUCAGUGUACAUCAUUACGUCGAAGCCGCUUGCCGUUGACAACAUCAAAGCCCGUCUGUAUGGAGACUGCGUCGUGGAGUUCACGACUAAGGAGUUUUACAUCUAUGCGAAUCGGCGGGUACUCGUGGACCAGGAGGAAGAGCUUUGGCAUUACAGUACUUUGCAGGAUAUGCUAGACAUGGCUGAACUAGAUCAUAACGCGAACCACUGUAAUAAAGGCCGUUUGAUGGGUAGGUUUGAGUUCCGAUUUGAAUUCAAGCUGCCGUAUGAUCUCGCGACAUCGUUCAGCUGUUCAGAAAGCCCGGUUGUCGUAAAGUACUCAGUAACGGUCACUUUGAAUGUUCAAAGAGUGGCCGUUGUCCAGUACGAGAGUCCGCUGACCGUGGUAGUACCGCAGAUGCAGUCACUUAGCAAUCAGAAGAUGGUGUACUCGAAGUGGUACUCCUUGUCUAGAGGCGAGACUUUGUUCAUUGAGUGCAUCCUCGACCAGGCUAUUCUCUCACCAGUCAGCAAACUACAAAGCACCAUAACAAUUGCCAACCGUAUUUUCAUAUGGAAGCGGUCAAUCAAAUACGUUUAUGUGAACAUUGUGCGGAUAAUCGAGGCAGUGGGCUACUUGCAGGGAGAGCGUUCGAUCUCCGCAACAAACACCGUGCUCAUUAACACCACUGGUGUCGGACUGCCAUCGUCGAAACGGAAGAUCCGCAGUGGUGAAACUUAUCGCUUCCGUCCUAGCUUCCACGUGCCCGCAUUGCCUCCGAAUACCGAGUUAUCUGGUCUCAUGAGGACUAGCUAUAUGCUGAAGAUUUCCGUUGGAAAAGCUCACAACCAUGUUGUCGCCACGUUGAACGUUCCGAUUAUCAUAUCCACAAACGUAAGCGAUGUGCUACCAAUGGCUCCAACUCAACGAGAAGACAUGCUGAUCGAUUUGAAUCCGCCAACGGCGAUGACGAAUGCGUUGGCCGAUUUCUUCGACUGGUAG